CCGCCAGCCCGCUCUAUGGGCAGCGGAGCCAGAGCGUCACCGGGCGGGGCGGAACUCGGUGGUUCUGGCGAGCCAGAGCGCCUCGGCGCGCAGGCGCGCUGGCCGCUAGGAGCUGUGCCGGGGGCGGAGAUGGCGACGUUCUUCGGGGAGGUGGUGGUGGCCCCGUCCCGCUCCGGCGUGGACGAUGAGGAGGAGGCCCGCGAGGAGACCCCCGAGGACCGGGAGAUACGCAGGGAACUGGAGAAGAAAAGGGAGGUCGACGUCCACUGGACCUUGAAGUCGGGCGCGACUGCAGAGAGCUCUGCCGGCGAGCCGUUUGUGUGCUCUAGGUUUAUAGUAGCCAUAGGACAUAACGCUGCAGCUUUCCUGUCAUCUUUUAUUCUGGAUUCUGUCUGUUGGGAAGUAGUUGGAGUUGUGAAGCUCUGGAACGAGUGGUGUCGAGCAUCUAAUACAACAAAUGUCCUCCCAACAGAUUCAUUUUGUUUGUUCUACCGAUUAAUAUCAGACCCAACAGUUUUGCUGUGUCAAUGUAGUUGCUAUGUUGCCGAGGAUCAACAGUUCCAGUGGCUUGAAAAGGUUUUCGGCUGUAUGCAAAAAGAGGGCUUGCAAGUAACCAUUCUUUCCACGUGUCCUGUGGCCGAUUAUAAAACUCAGGAAUCCACUUUAACGCUCCCAUCUCCGUUUCUGAAAGCCUUGAAAACAAAAGAAUUCAAAGAGCACGUCUGCUGCCCACUGCUGGAACAGCCCAACAUUGUGCGAGAUCUUCCCGCUGCUGUUUUGAGUUACUGUCAAGUAUGGCAGAUUCCUGCUGUGUUGUAUCAGUGUUACACCGAUGUCAUCAAACUGGACACGGUUACAAUUGAAGCAUUCAAGCCUCUGCUUUCCUCUAAAUCCCUGAGGAGUUUAGUCAAGGAUGCAUCUGAAAGCACAAAGAUUUUGAAGAAGUUACUGACAACCAAUGAAACUCACAAUAAUAUCUACAUCUAAAAAGGAUGUUUGUGAUGCACUUUUGUAAACUCAACUUUUUUCUUUAGAGGACAUUUUAGAAUUGUUUCCUUAAAAAUUGAAUAAAUUCCAGUACAUUUUUACUUCUGCACUCAUUUUUGUUACUUUUGAAUUCAUCACUACCAAUGCAUAUAUUUCUUCUGUGUGACUUGGGAGACUUUCUUCUGGAAUGGUUUUUAGGAAAGAGAUCUUGGAUGUGAAAAGAAAGUUCUUUUUCUCCUGAAGGGAUUGUCUUAUUGAAACAUAAGCCUUUUAUGUGUAAAAGAGGAAAUGCAGUUAGUUAAGGAAUUCUUUGUCUAAUGAGAACACUUUUUUACUUUAUUUUGAGACAUUUUGAGUUUUCUUUAUAUUCAGUCUUCAAAGAUUUGUCUGUGGUGGAGAAAAUACACUCUGCAUCUUUUUACAUAGAUAAUUGUAUGUAAUUUUGUGUGUGUGUAUUUAUGAAUGAUUGAUCCAAAAUACAGCUAAGUGAACUACAGUAGACACUUUUAAAAGACUUACUAGUGGAAAAUAAUCUUAAGCUUGCUUUACAAGUUAGUAAGAGGGAGGAAUGCAAAGCAGUUCUGAAUUGCAUGGAAGGGCUGCAACUUGGAUUCACUGAGUAGAUUGUUGUGUCUGUUCAGUGUAGUGCUGGCCACAUGUCUUAAUAGGAAGAGAGAUCUGUCCACGCUCUCAUGUUGCAACUCCCAUCUGCAGUGCCUUACUGAGAGCUUGCCUUUGUUGGGUAGUUGCAGCUUUAGGCCUUGAGCAGGAGCUACAGAGGCCCACAAACAUUCCUUGCUGCCAGAUCUCUUAACAGUAAUGGGAACUUCUAAUGAAACUGGAUGGUAGAUUCAGAGGCUGCUUCAGCUGGAUUUGCCAGGGCAAAGUGGUUUUAUCUAUCCACUUUAAAAUUGCAGAAUGCUGGCAAUAGUAGGAACAGUACAGGGUGUCCUAUGCAGAGUAUGUGAUUGCUGAAGAAAAAUUCUAGUUUUAAAGUGUGUGCAUAAAUUUUCUGAAAGUUGGUAACAAUUUCAGCAAUGCAUUUAAAAUACUGGAAUUGAAAUGCAAUUCUGACUCAUGUAUACCCUCUGUUUGAUUUAACAUUUUGUUGAAGAAAAUUGUGUUAAAAGACAUUAUUUCUUCUGCUACCAGGUAAUUAACUGGGGGUGUCACUGGACAGGCACCUUUAUAUUGCAUAUAGCUUAUCCUUUUGGAAGAAGAGGAUAACGGCUUCAAACUUUUCUUCUAAGGUUAACAACUGACUGCUCAGUGGGUAUUUUUGAAUGGUAUUCCUUCAACACAACCAUCUUCCCUUCAGAUUUGAAAGCAUUCAGUUCAGUCAACAUCCACUGAAGCAGGUAACCCUUGUUUCUUCAGCAGCCCCACUGCAACCUCUGGUUUGGCAAAUUUUUGACUGCUUCCUGUAUUGCAGUUUCAGCAAUCCUGAUGUGGAUAUCAUAUUUGGCCUCAUUUAAGACAUUGAUUUAAAUUUCUGUUAAUGUGAUUACAGAUAAGCAAGCAACUGUUGAAUUGUGUGGCAGUGUAUUUUGGAACAAACCCCAAAGCAUAAAGUGCAGGAUGUGGUUCUGGUUUUUGGCAUGUUUAUUUGUGGUUUUUUUUUCCCAUUUCUGCACAUUUUAAUUGAAACCUGUUUGUAUACAUGACCUGAGCUGAGAAUUCUGUUGCUCUGAAAAGAGCUGAGUGUUGGCUGUACUGUGUUGUUACUUGCAUACUGACCGUGUUUGACUCAUAAUAAAUAAAGUAUCUAACAAGAAACAUCUUUAAUAACAAA